AGUAGCAACCACUUUCACUUCGUAUACGUAGUCUCCCAAUCAUUAUAUACGGAGGGAAUUCUGGUGACUGCGAUUUAGUGUGUGUAUCUAUUUACAUUGUAGGUUGUGACUCGAACAAGUAAACACGAUGUCUGUACAACCAGCACAAAUGACUGACAGUCAUAGACGAUUUCUGCAGAUAUUGAUGUCUCGAGGAAUUCUAGAAAGUUCUGAAGCCCAGAAGCUUCACAAACACUGCUGUGAAACUCAUAAAGUGUCCUAUGCAGCUGAUAAACUAGAGGAUUUCAUCAAGAUCAUAAACAACCAACUCCAACCUCUUUUCAUGCAGAUAAGAAGAGGAGUAUCAGAAGAAGAUGGAAAACAACACUAUGCAUUAGUGAAUCUUGCAGAAACAGAAAUAACUCGAAUGGCAUCUGAUUAUGCAGAAAAUGAAUUAGAACUGUUUAGAAAAACAAUGGAUCUUAUUGUAACAUCAGAAAAUGGCUUUGCCUCAUCCACGGAUAUUCUGAACCUUGCAGAUCAGCUUCAGACAAAAAAAAUGAAGAAAAAGGAAGUAGAACAGGUUCUUCAUCACCUAGUACAGGACAGUUGGCUGAGUGAGAAAAGAGGAGAAUAUACCUUAAGCACUCGCUGCAUCAUUGAAAUGGAACAAUAUAUUCGAACCAUGUAUGAGGAUACAGUUAAGGUGUGCAAUAUCUGCCACAACAUUACUAUUCAGAGCCAGAUGUGUGAGAACUGCAGCAUUCACAUGCACGUUCCAUGUUUAGCAAGGUACUUUCAAGGCCGAACUGAAAAUCCACGCUGCCCAAACUGUGCUACCUUCUGGCCUUAUGAGAUUCCAGUGAUGCCUGAGCCUGAACCUUCAGCUUCAUUAGAACCAUGCACACCAUCUACAUCGAAUGCAGUAAGAGGGAAUCGAGGCCAAGGCAGCAUUAAAGUGCAGAAACAAACAAUUAACAGGAAUCAUUUCAGUUCACGGACACGUUCAGACCAUUAAUAGCCAUUGGUGUGGUUAUAUGUAUAGUGUUCAUUGCAGGUCAACAGGUAGUAUGUUUGGCUUUAAGUGUUUUAAAAAAGUCAGUGCUUGUAAAUCAGCUAAAUAAUGCAGCAAAACAUUUUUCAGUUUCUUGUAUUAACUAGACAAAAGGAGACUGCUUUUUAUUUUUUAUUUAUUUUUUUAUCUUUUUUUAUAUGCCCGCAAAACUAAAUUAAUUAACUAAUUAAUCCAACCCUUAAAAUAGUGAUUUCUUAAUCUUUUUCUCCUUUUAUCCCAAUUAUUGCAUCUAUCAUUUGAUAAUCAUAUGAAGUCCUGCACAAGCUACAUAAGAUACUUUUAUUGUUUUUGUGUUUCUGAAAUGUUUGUUUAAAUUAACUGGUCAUAAAUUGUGUAAAAUUAACUUGUUUUGAUAAUCCUUAUUUCUACUGUAAUAAAAUUUUCUUUAAAUAAAUAACCAUUUGUUAACUAGAUAAGACCAGUCAGUUUUUAAGUUAAUUGCAUAGAAUCAUACAGCAGGAAAAUGGAGGCUUUGAGAAU